CUCCAUUGUUACAUGCUCUCAAGAUAUUUCGUUUCUCUAAGAGAUUUUUGUUUCUUCUGUUAAUGGCGACGAAAUGUGGAGGUGAAACGGAGACUAGUACUCCAGUUGAGCCCAGCUCCGAGGGGGCUAGACGGCGCCGGAUGGAAAUUCAUCAGUUUAGGUUCGUCGCGGCGGAUGUCACGGUUGCUCCGCCGUCGGAGAAUGGACGGAAGAGGAAGCGGGUUGAGGUUUCGCCGGUUUAUGCGGAAGGGGAGAGUGAAGAGAAAAAGGUAGUGAAGAAGAACAAAGAUUCCGGUAGUCCGGAAUCGGUGGUUUUUGGUGGUGUUACGGAUGAGGCGAGAUUCGGUAUAACGUCUGUUUGUGGGAGGAGGAGAGAGAUGGAAGAUGCGGUGGCGAUUCGCCCGUUUUUUAGCCGGAAACCCGACGGGAAUUCAAACGACUUGCAUUUCUUCGGCGUGUACGACGGCCACGGCUGCUCACAUGUUGCCGUGAAAUGCAGGGAUCGAAUGCACGAGAUUGUGAAAGGGGAGCUCGAGCGCGGCGGCGAGUCUACGUGGCAGGAAACGAUGUCCCGGAGCUUCUCUAAAAUGGAUCAAGAAGUCGCCGACUUGCCGACCGGCGCAGCGCGCUCUAGCUGCCGGUGUGAGCUCAAAAGUCUCCACUGCGACGCGGGGUCCACUGCCGUCGUCGCCGUCGUAACUCCGGAGAACAUUGUCGUAUCAAACUGCGGCGAUUCACGCGCCGUGCUUUGCCGCAACGGCGUCGCCGUCCCCCUCUCCGUCGACCACAAGCCGGAUCGACCCGAUGAACUGAAACGGAUCCAAGACGCCGGCGGUUACGUCAUCAAUUGGGACGUCCCCAGAGUCGGCGGAUUACUCGCAAUGUCUCGCGCCAUUGGCGACAGUUAUUUAAAACCGUACGUUACAUCGGAGCCGGAGGUGACAGUGACGGAGAGGACAGGGGACGACGAAUGUUUAAUCUUAGCAAGCGACGGACUAUGGGAUGUCGUGUCGAAUGAGACAGCCUGCAACGUGGCCCGCAUGUGCUUGAAAAACGCGAAACCUCCGUCGCCGUCACGAUCGCCGGGGAGUGACGUCACCGUCACGGCCACCGGCGACAGCUCCGACGACGCGUGCUCCGAUGCCUCGAUCCUGUUGACUAAACUGGCUUUGGCCCGGCAUAGCACCGAUAACGUUAGUGUCGUGGUCGUCGAUUUACGGAGACAUGUAUAAAUUAUUACUUAAUUAAUUAAUUAGUUAAUAAUACUAUCAUCAUAAUUAGUGUAUGUA